AUGACUGAUGUGGAGCCUGUGGUCACAGAUUUUGCAGCAUCGGGAAGGGCAGGCCGCCGAAAUGCCUUACCAGAUAUUCUGGGUUCUCCUGCUGGGGCUGGGGCAGGGACUUCAGACCUGCCACACAAACUAGCUGAACUUUCUGUGUCAAAAGAUGAAGAAGCAGAGGGUGGAGAAAUAUCAUCCGAAGCCAUGUUGGAAAACCCAGAGAUAGAAGGAAAAAGCAGUGCCUCCUAA